AUGUUGUUCUUUUUCUCAGCAGGCACCAAGGAAACGAAAGACCACGGUAGCAUCGUCCUCCCUGUCAUUUUUGGCAUAAUUUGCCUGGUGGGCACGGUAGGGAACAGCAUUGUGAUCUACACCAUCACCAAAAGACCCAAGAGAAACCACAACACUGCAGAUGUCUUCAUCGUGAGCCUCUCCAUCACAGACCUCCUGUUCCUGCUGGGCAUGCCCUUGCUUAUCCAUCAGCUCCUAGGGAAUGGGGUCUGGCUUUUCGGGGCUACCAUGUGCACCAUCAUCACUGCUUUAGAUGCCAACAGCCAGUUCGCCAGCACGUACAUCCUCACGGCAAUGGCCAUCGACCGCUACCUGGCCACAGUACACCCCAUCCGCUCUGCCUACAUGCGCACCCCCUGCACAGCCGCCCUGGUGAUCUUGCUGCUCUACCUGCUGUCUCUCCUAACCAUUGUACCAGUGUUCAUGUACACCCAGCCCAUUGCUCUGCCUGGCAGCAAAGCUGGGUGUGGCAUCAUCCUACCCAACCUCUCGGUUGAUAUCUAUUGGUACACACUGUACCAGUUCUUCCUGGCGUUUGUCAUCCCGCUCUCAGUCAUCUGCAUUGUGUACCUGAAGAUACAGAAGCACAUUUCAUGCAGGGUGCUGCCACUGCCCCAGAGAAACUUCCGAGCCAGGACUAAGAAGAUCAUGCGGAUGGCAAUAACCAUCUGCUCUGCCUUUUUUAUCUGCUGGGCGCCCUAUUAUAUCCUGCAGUUGGUCCAUCUCAAAGUCACCCAGCCCUCCCUUAUGUUCCUCUAUGCCUACAACGUAGCUAUCAGCUUGGGUUACGCAAGCAGCUGCAUCAACCCAUUCAUAUACAUUGUGUUGAGUGACACUUUCCAAAGGAACCUGGUGAAGGCAAUCUGCCCAGGACAGCAGGCCAGAAGAGGUGACAGACACGCCACUGGGAAAGUCAGUCCCUCCGUGAAAAUAAGUCCUGGGCCAAAUCAGGAGACCUAUCUUAGCAUGACAUAUGCUCAUAAUAUAGACAACUGUAUCGCACUCUCUGUCAUGGUUCCUUAG